UGGGCGGAGCCAGGAAUGCGGUAGAUGACAGCGCUAGGACACGGGAGCUGGUGACGUCACCGCCCUGCCUUCCCUUAUCUGCCUACGUCACCCGAGGAUCGUCACCUUCCUGGCUAGGGGGAGCCGAGAGCAGGAUGCAUUUGGAGUCCGUGUUAAGAUCAUCCGCACGCCAUGCCAAGCCUGCCGGACUUACACUGCAGUAUGGCACCGCGGGUUUUCGUACCAAAGCAGAACAUCUGGACCAUGUUAUGCAUCGCAUGGGCUUACUAGCUGUGCUUAGGUCAAAGAAGACUAAGUUUAUUAUCGGAGUUAUGGUGACCGCCUCUCACAACCCUGAGGAAGACAAUGGAGUGAAGCUAGUGGACCCCAUGGGAGAAAUGCUGGUUCAGGAAUGGGAGAUAUAUGCUACUAACCUGGCGAAUGCUGAGGAGCAUGAAUUGCAGACCGUGCUGACAAACAUCAUCAAACAGGAGGCCAUCAACAUGCAGGAUGAGUCCAGUGUAGCUAUUGGAAGAGACACCCGGCCAAGCAGUGAAAGCCUUUCCCUUGCAGUUAUUGAUGGGGUAACUGCUCUUGAAUCCAAAUACCAAGAUUACGGCCUAGUGACUACACCCCAGCUGCACUAUAUUGUUUGUUGCCGCAAUACAGAUGGAAGAUACGGGGAGCCGAGUGUUGAAGGAUAUUACCAGAAACUAUCAAAAGCAUUUAAUGACUUGGUCAAACAGUCUCCAGAGUGUCAAGCAGAAAAGGAGUGCUUGAGUAUAGACGGAGCUAAUGGCAUUGGAUCUCUGAAGAUAAAGGAGAUGGAGCGAUAUCUUCAGCCCAGGCUUUCCUUACAGCUGUUUAAUGAUGGUUCUAAUGGAAGACUAAACUAUAUGUGUGGAGCAGACUAUGUGAAGGUGCAGCAGAAGCCUCCUGAAGGUAUUGAUAUGAAGCCGAACGAGCGUUGCUGUUCAUUUGAUGGGGAUGCUGACCGCAUUGUUUACUACUACAAGGAUAGCGGCGAUGGCUUCCACCUUCUAGAUGGGGAUAAGAUUGCCACACUGAUAAGCACUUUUAUCAAAGAACUCUUAGUGAAGGUUGGUUUAGAGCUCAAUAUGGCAGUAGUGCAAACAGCCUAUGCAAAUGGCAGCUCCACGCGAUACUUGGAAGAAGUUAUGAAGGUUCCUGUAUACUGUGCAAAAACUGGUGUUAAGCAUCUUCAUCAUAAAGCACAAGAGUUUGAUAUUGGAGUUUACUUUGAAGCAAAUGGUCAUGGAACAGUCUUGUUUAGCAAAACAGCUGAAGAGCAGAUAAGACAGCUGACCAAAACGGGAGCCAGCGAGGAAUCGAGAAAAGCUGCUCAGAUGCUUGAAAAUGUCAUCAAUCUCAUAAAUCAGACUGUGGGAGAUGCCAUCUCUGACAUGUUGGUCAUUGAAGCCAUCCUAUCGCUUAAAGGUCUUACUAUACAGAAAUGGAAUGAAAUUUAUACUGACCUCCCAAAUCGCCAGCUGAAAGUAACGGUUGCAGAUAGAAAGGUAAUAGACACCACUGAUGCUGAGAGACGGACUGUAAAACCUCCAGGACUACAAGAGAAAAUUGAUGAUCUUGUCAAAAAAUACAAUAUGUCCAGAGCAUUUGUCCGUCCUUCAGGAACUGAGGAUGUAGUCCGUGUGUAUGCUGAGGCGGACACUCAGGAAAAUGCAGACGCUUUGGCCCAUGAGGUGUGCCUGGCAGUCUAUCACCUUGCAGGAGGAGUUGGAGAUCAACCAAAGCCUCUAAGAUGAAGUGCCAUUGAGUAGAAUGAAUGCUGUUUACAUGGAACUGGAUUUUUGUAUCACAAAAUGUAAAAGGUUUACAAUUAGGGUUAAUCUAUCAUAGAUCUAUCAGACUAUAGUGUUUUGUAAUACACUGCUUUGAAAAAUUAGAUACCAUAUGAUCUUACUUGUAAUACAUUAUUUUGCAAGUUA